CCUUGAGCAUGUCAACCGUAGCCUCAUCAUUAGAUCUGCCUGGAUGAUUGCUUACAACCAAGAUCCUCAUCUCUCUUCCGUCAUCAAAGCUAAAUACUUUCCCUUUAACUCUUUCUGGACUGCGCCUUCUCAUGGGGCAAAAUCAGUCUUCUGGUCUUCCAUUAUGCAGGUCAAAAAUGAGCUCACUUCAAAUUGCUUCUACCAGAUUUUGCAAGGUAACUCCAAUAUUUGGUCUCAGCCUUGGUGUCCUAUAUGGAAUAACAUGCAUGCAUACUUAACCUUAAGCACUCAGGGUGAGCAAAUACCAAACAUUGUCUCUGACUUGUGGCUUCCAAAUUCUAAAAGGUGGGAUGAGGAAAAAAUUACUCACUUCUUUGGGCAACAAGCUGCUCAAUCUAUUUUGCAGGUUCCAGUUUCUCAACAUGAAGGUGAGGACAUUCUAUGCUGGAAACCAGUGGCAUCGGGUAUUUGCACAGCCAAGGAGGCUUAUAGGCACCUUGCAGGUCAACAUUUUCAGCCCAUUCCACAACAAGGAGAGAGAUCCCUACCAAUUCCUAUACUAACAUUGCUGAAUCAGAUCUGGAAAGAUGGAUUAAUGCAGCCAAGAGUCAAAACUUUUGCCUGGAGAUUAUUGAGGCAAGCCAUAGCCACAGGUGAGAGAGCUGGAAGAUAUUCCUCUCACAUAGAUGAAAAUUGUAAAAGGUGUGGCAUUCGAGAAAAUGAUCAUCACUUGUUUUUCACUUGUGUUUUUGCAAGAGCUGUUUGGUUCUCAGCUGACCCCCCUUUAAGAUCUGAUGUUUUACCAGAAGAUGAUACUGGGAUUCAUUCUCCUAUCAUUUUUUUGUUUCAAACUGGUGUUCAUAAAGUUCACAUCCAUAAAGUUUUUACAACUCUGUGGUUCAUUUGGAAAGCUAGAAAUGAUCAUAGGUUCAAUUCGAAAGUUUGGACAGUUCAGCAAGUUCACCAUUUAACCAAUGCCACCGUCCAAGCUUUUAACCCUUUUGCAGGUACACAGCAUAAUAAUCAAUGCAUACAGGAGCAAGAGAACAGCACUGCACUCAUUAAGCAUUCCCAUGGUGUACAAGACCAUGUAGAAGCACAGGUUAUAGUACAACGUGUUCAGAUUGGAGGAGCAGCCAAUGCACAUCAAGAUGAUAUCUCCAGAUCAGUGCAACACAUACAGGAGGGGGAACAAGGUCCACAACAACUUCAAAGGCAACUAAAUAUUUCAGGUAUAUUCAUCACGGCACAGAUCUUUCAAGCUCAUGGACCUUUGAUGGCCGAAGCACAAGCUGUCAGUCUUGCAGCAAAAGUGGUGAAGUCUCUAGGCCUCAACCAAGUGACUUAUAUUUCAGAUAAUCAAACUUUGGUGACAGCCCUGCACAAAGGCGAUAUCAUUACAACGCCGGGUCACUGGAACUUGCGACCAAUUCUUGCUGAGUUCUUUAACAACAAUAGAGAAAUUCUAUUCGAAGCUAGAAAGAUUCGAAGAGAACUUAACAAGAUGGCUCACAGCCUGACCCGAAAAGCUUGGAAUCAACCUGACAGGACAUCCUGUUCUUUCAUGUGUAACAAUCUCUUUCAUGAUCAACAAUGUCCAGUACUCGAGGCAUUGCAAUCUUCUUCCUGGGGUGACUUUCACCUUUGUAGAAUUACUUGUGUUUAAUUGAAGUUCCG